AUGGGGGUGUUGGUAGAAAGAAUAAGAUACACAGACCAUGUUCUUGAUUUCGAAUUUGAGCUCGAUUUUGCUUUUGUUGUUCUUGAUAGGGGCGAUGACGAUGAUGAGGACGGUGGUUGUUGUGGUGAUGGAGGUGGUUUUGAUGAUGAUGCUUUAAGGUUUGGAGGCUUUACGGACCGGAAUGUCUUAGACAGCAACCUUGUCAUCUGGUCCCGUGAGAUGGCGUCGGUUGACCAUGUGCCACCCGCUAUGUUUCGGAAACGAUCCGCUUGUCUUGUAUUCCUCUUCAGACCAAAGUUGCUUAAAGUUUAA